CGUGUAGUCAGAAGGAUAAUAAGUAGUGAACAUGUCAGAAAAACUAACUUUAGGGCAGCGUGUAAUCGUAGUAGGUAAAGAUGUGAAGGGCUCUGUCGCUUACAUAGGAUAUCCGACGUUCGCUACUGGCAAAUGGAUUGGAGUGAUUUUGGACGAGCCAAAGGGCAAGAACAACGGCACCGUGCGGGGACACGCUUACUUCAAUUGUGAAGAGAACUAUGGUGUCUUCGUACGUCAGACCCAGAUCCAACUGCUGGAUGCAGAGGACAAUCCGAUGGAGACGUCAAUGUCCUCGAUGACGUCAUCAACUCAGGAGCCUAGGGCUACGGCCUCGAAUCGUCGACUUAGCAGGGUGCGUCGGAAGGCGUCACCGGCGCAGACCAAGUCCGGAACGUUGUCUAUGUCGAGCUCGAGGACGUCCCUAGCGAGCAGUCGGCAGUCGCUGACCUCCUACGCUUCCCCCACUGCCGAGAGGGCGUCGUCACCUGACCUGGUCAAGAGAGCAUCUUUUGUUGAGACCGGCUUCGUGGGGACCCUCACUCCUCAGUUCACCCCGGGGCAGAGCAUCACCUCGCCGCAGCCGACGACAUCAGCCGAAGACAAGAUGGCCAACUUGCAGGCACAACAAGAGAUCACCAGUCUCAAAUCGGAAGUGGAGGAUCUGAAGGAGAAGUUGGAGACCCUCAAGGUGCGCCGCGCCGAAGACAGGGAGAAGCUGCGUGAAUUGGAACGCAUUAGACUUCAGCUGGAACAGGCUAAUGAGUUCAAGACGAGGAUAAUGGAGUCGCAAGCGCAAUUGCAAAGGGAUCUGCAGAGGGCGAAGCAGGAGGUCCGGGAAGCCCAAGAGGCUUUGGAGGUCCACAACGAGGAGACGGCGGAGCUCCAGGAGGCGGCCGAAAUGGCGGCGCUGGACAAGGAGAUGGCCGAGGAGAGGGCGGAAGCCCUGCAGCUGGAGCUGGAGCAGUGCAGGGAGAAAUUGGAGGAGGCCACUUUGGAUUUGCAGCUCAUGAGGGCGGAAAUGGAGGCGGGCGGGAACAUACAGCACCCGUACGCAGAGGACGGCGCCGCCACCGGCUACGAGAUGCGGCAACUGCAGCAGCAGAACGUGCGGCUGAGAGACACCCUGGUCCGCCUGAGGGAUCUGUCCGCUCACGAUAAGCACGCGAUAAUGAAGAUGAACAAGGAUCUGGAGCAAUAUAAAUCAGAAAUAGCCGAGCUGAGUCGCACUAAAGAGAAGCUCUCCAGCCGAGUGGAAGAGCUUGAAGCCCAGGUGGCUGACCUCAGGGAACAGGUGGACGCGGCCCUUGGUGCUGAGGAGAUGGUGGAGCAGUUGGCUGAGAAGAAGAUGGCGUUAGAGGACCAGGUGGAACAGCUGAAGCAGGACGUGUCUGAGCUGGAGGCCCUGCAGGAGGUGCACGAGCAGCUGGUGGAGUCCAAUAGGGAGCUGGAGAUGGACCUGCGCGAGGAGUUGGAGAUGGCGCACGCCGCCACCAGGGAGGCUGUAAGAGAGAGGGAAGCCGCCAUGGAGACCAUUAUGGACCGUGACACCACCAUAGUGAAGUUCAGGGAGCUGGUGCAGAAGCUUGGGGAGCAGCUGCAGGAGCUGAAGAACCAGGUCGAGUCCAAACAAGGUUCCCCAGCGCCAAGUACGGAGCAGGAAUCGAAUUCGGAACCCUCCACUCGUAAUUCGCCUCCCGUGGAACUGGGCUCACUGGUCCACUUGUCCAAGGCUUCGACAAGGUCCAUAGACCUUCAGCUGAGGGCUCUGGAGCUGAGUCAGGCAAGGGCGAGAGCUGAUAUGUUGGCCGCUUGCCUGCCUGACCAUUUUAUGUCGCCAUCUGGUGACCACGACGCGAUCCUGCUGAUACUCCUCCUCCAGCGGCUGUACACCAAGUCGGAAAUCAUCCUGGGUCAAAUCCGGGAACGGUUCCCGGCCGUGAACGUGUGGGACCGGGAGGCGGUCACCAAGUCACACACGGCUGUGCAGUACAGCUUCCGUUGUCAGCUGGAGUACCAGCUUCACAUGAUACAGUGCAUAGUGUCAAUGUGGUCUUCGGCCCUGGACUCCUGCAGCCCUGAAAAUCUCCUCAAAGCAACCUCCGCCCUCCCGGACGCCGCUCAGCAGGAGCGCUCGCUCGAUGCGCUCGCUCAACUGCUCAGAGCGAACGAACUCGAUGAGAACUGCUCGCUUGAGGGCGUGGAGCGCUGCUGGGGCUACCUGUCGGCCAUGUGGGCGGCGCUGGCGCCGGCGCGCGCGCCGUGCCGCGACGGCGCGCUGCACGCGGCGCUGGCGCUGGCCGCGCUGGCGCGCGCGCUGCACGCCGACGUCACCGCGCUCUCGCACGUGCUGCAGCCGUCCGACCGUCAGCUGGAGAUCGGUCAGUUGCACGACGACAUCACGACCUUUACGACAUCGCUGCAGCAGCAGCUGAAGAGCAUCCGCAGGCGGCUGCCGCCCGGGGUGCGGUUGGACGCCGUCGACAUGGAUUUGGCGCUGGUGGAGCGGCUGCGCGGCGAGUGCGCGCGCGCGCUGUGGCGGGCGGCGCGCGCGGCGUGGCUGUCGGCGCGCGCCGCCUGCGCCUGCGCCGCCAGCGCGGGCGCGGCCGGCGACGCCGCGCCGCUGCCCGCGCACCAGCUGCUCGCCGUGUGGGCGGCGGCCGUGGACAAGAUAUACCAACAGGAUGACCACGGCCCUAUACGCACAAUAAAACACUCCCUCGCGUCUGUCUCGGCCGAUGUCGGCAAGCUGGCCAGCUUCGUGACUCAGAAGGAGUACGAUAUGAUGUCACAUACAAACGUGGUGCAGGAGAAGCCUACUCCACCGGUGGUGAUCAGGGCUCAAAUGGUGAAGAAGCAGUUGGAGGAGACGAAGACGCUGACCAUCAAGCUGGAGAACAAGGAGGCCGACGUCAAGGAGCUGAGGAAGGCGCUCAAGGCCAAACAAGAAGAGUUAUCAGAGAUGCAGAUUCGUAGGGAGCUGGGCGAGAGGAAACUGUCGGCGGCCGCUCGCGACUCCGAGCUGAGAGCGGAACAGCUGCAGAGGAGAUUGGAGGACGCCACUAACCAGCUGAAACGCAAAGAGAAAGAGUACGAGGAGACGAUGGACCACCUCCAGCAGGACAUUGACUCCCUGGAGCUGGAGCGUGGAGCGUUACGAGACAAGCUGAAGCUGUACGCUAAGAGAGGUUCUCAUCACGCUACUGCCACGACGCCGGCCAGAGACUACUCACCAUCGCCCGUUCCGGUGUCCGUCAGAGAUUUCUUACAGGAGACUCCCGUGAAGGUGUCUUCAGGCACCGUGGGCGAAGUCAACGAGGCACUCCAUCAUCAGCUCAAGGUGUUAAGCUGGACGGUGGAACGCGAGCGCGCAGCCCGAGUGGCGGCCUGCAACAAGGCGUCGCAGGAGGCGCUCCGCAAGCUGAGACCUCUGGAGCACCCCACCGCCGCCGCCGCCAAGGCCAGGAGACAGGCCGCCGGCGAGCUGGAGCGGGGGCUGGCUAAACUGCAGGCUGAUUGGACAAUGCACGUUGCCAAAUCUGGCCUGGUCAAGUUCCCUGAUGACCCGAGCAAGUACGCCAAGGCGAUGGAGACUCACAAGGAGAAGCAGAGGGAGAUCAGGCGGCAGUUGGAGGAGCGCCUGCUGGCCCUCCAGAGUGAGGUGCGUCACCAGCUACUCACGCAUCGGCCGUGGCGCUGCGUGGAGACCGACCUCGCGGAGUUCCCCACCAGGGAGCUGGCGCAGGCUCUGAACACGCCGUCAGUGGAGGUGGGCACCCUCCAAAUGCGCGCGCCGCCCUCGCUGGCCGCCGACACCGUGUACGUGACUCCUGCGCAGCUAGCACACUUACGAGAGCUGGUCGCCGAGUUGCAAUCUGAGGAUGUGAAGUUGGAACUGGCGCCGAUGGACGACAGAAGCAGCGUCUGCGCAGCGUAAAUUUACAUUUAAAAAAAACAACGGAUUGGAGGGAAAACGUUUUGUUUUUACUUCAAAAUGGCGGAUUAUUACGCUUCGUCUCUUAAGAAUUUCCAGAAUUCUCUUAAAUAUCUCUUAUAUAAACCUCGAUGAAUUUUAUUUUAAAUUAAGUCGACUUUACGGCUUCUAAACCAAUAUAUUCAAGACAUUAGUCCCGGUUGCAUACUCGCCUGCAUACUGUGGUUGAUUAAUUAAUGUAAUAAAGAAAAUGUUGUGUAUUUGUAGGUGCUGUUUAUUUAUAAAAUUAAUUUGUAUUAACCUCGUUCUAUUAUUUAUCACAUUAAAAUUUAAUCUCAAUAAUAACUCACAGGUUUUUUUUUCCUAAUGCUGAAUAAAAAAAAAUGCUGAAAAUUGAAUUUGCUUCGCUUUUGAAAUUAUUUAGUCUAAUUAACACUUAAAUAUAAUUUUCGUAAAUGCGAAAGCUGGACAUGGUUUUUAUGGCCUUUUGUGGCUCUGUCUACCCCUUGUAUGUCUGGAUGGAUGGAUGUCUGUUACAAUUUUACGGCUAAACGGCUGAACGGAUUUUUAUGAAAUUUGAAAUAAAGGCACUGAAGGCCCAGGUCAAACAGCGCAAAAACUACAUUAGGCGAACGAAGUCGCGGGUAACAUAAUGGCUGAAAAUUAAAAAUUAUAAUUAAUCAAAAUUACACCUUAAAAAAUACGGUCGAAUUGAGAACCUCCUCGUUUUUUGAAGUCGGUAAUAAAUAAAUAUUAACAGUUUUAUAUUAGUAACAAUUAUUUUAUAAAUUAAUAUUAACUGUUAAAAGUAUGUUAUUAUACAUACAAGUUUGAAAAAAAAAAAAAAUAAAGUCAUAAAUUGUCGUCUAGAAAAAGAAAUUGUUGCAGUAUAAUGACAGUGUAGUUUAGCUGUUUUUAUAAUAAUAUGACUAUCUUUGACCAAAAAAUUUGCUGGUUAUUAAGUAGUUUUUUUUAAUUAGCUCUAUGCAAAACAUAUGUUAUUUGUAUAUAGUGAAGCAAUGUAUCUAUAUAACCUGUACUUACUAUGAAUAAAUGAUUUAUUUCGAUUUGUA